AUGUCAGUCACGUCUCGAUAUGUGAAUACUGGUGUUGUGCGCCAAUUGUUGCGUGCCAGCUCUUCAACACCAGCUGUAAUCACAACUGCUAUACAUACCACCAACAACUCAACAACAACAGUCUACUCCAAUUGGCAUCAAUCUCGGUCAUAUGCUGUUUCAAAGGGACCAAGAGCUCCGCUGCGGAAACCUCCAAGAGCUCCUACACAAGCACCAAGAGUCCCUUCCCAAUCCCAAUCCAAGCCUCGGCCGGGCCUCGAUUUUGAUGCUUUAGAAAAGGUUAAUCAAAAUCUCACCCCCGAUGUCUUCGAGAAGGUCAUUCAACAAUGGGACGGAAUAUUAAAAGCACCCACUCCAGAAGAAUGCUACAAGCACGCAAUGAAUUAUCUCCAGCAAGUUCUUGAUAAUGCACCAAAUCUUCCGAAUCUGGCUGCUAUUGACAUCCCAGUGGAAACCGCGCAUGUGAUGGGGUGUCUGACAUUCCUUGAAAAUUCACAGCACAUCCAGAACCUUGGAUACUCGCUUCUUGCGACGGCCUCCGCGGCAAAUUACAAUCCCUCCACCAUCACCAUGGCAAGAUUUUUGUUUCGUUCAGGUAACUGGGGCACGUUGCGGUCAGCCAAGCAUAUCGAGAACCGAUUCAUGAAGCUCGUGUAUGAAGGAAAAGACUGCAAUGCCCUCGCCGUGUACGGAGAACAUCUUUUCAGGACUCGCAAGUACGCCGCGGCUGUGCCCAUGUUGAACCAAGCCAUCAGCGUCGACGACGGCAUCUUUGAGUGGAAGAAUAUGUGCAUGCUGUGUCUCGCAAAGGCGCAUGCACAACUCGGAAAGAUAAAAGAGGCCGAGGAAGUGCUUGAGAUGCUUGGGAGUCCAGAUGCUUGGAUUGAGCUUGGCCCCUUGCUUGAUAGAGGCGGGUUUGAGGAUAAGCGGCAGUGGCUGUACAGAGAAGGUUUUACUGGAAGUUUGGAAGAGUUUCGGAGGUUAGCUGAGAUGGAUUUCGAGAAGGCUUCCAAGGAGACGGAUAAGGCUUUGAAACAUGAGUAUAAUCUCUGGGCGAUGGAGUGGUCGAGGCUAGCAGAUCCCAGUGUUAAAAACUAA